AUGGAGAACUUGACCAUCCACAAUGAUUGCGUAUUGGCAGACAGUCGGUUUGGACCUCGUGUCAAGACUCAAUGCCGCAGCUUUGACUUCACGGUUCAAUUCGAGCGAAGCAUCUUCGCCAUUCUACCCUCGUCGUUAUUCAUCUUAUGUGCUGCUGUUCGAAUUUUUUUUCUUUAUCAUGCAAGACCUAGAGUAUCGGCACCGUCUCUCCGCUGGAUCAAGCAGUCACUAGGAGCGAUUCUGGGUAUUAUGCAGUUGUGUCUGCUGGUGCUCUCCGUAAGCUUGGAAAGUCACACCCAGCUCACUUCAGUUGCCUCUUUGGCCCUUUCUGUAGCCGAUGCAGUGGUUAUUUGUGUGCUUUCCUAUUUAGAGCAUAGUAAGACCAUAUGUCCGUCCAGUCUCUUACUUACCUACCUCUCCACCUCGAUCUUGCUAGAUGCGGCUUGUCUUCGAACCCUCUGGCUACUCAAGUCCAGCAAACCCGUUUUAAGGAUUCUUUCCUCAUUUAGUCUGGCCGUGAAACUGGCCUCAUUAAUGGCCGAGUCUUCACGGAAGACAAAAUGCUUUCUCAAUGCGGAAGAUAAAGCUAGAUCCCCCGAAGAAAUCAGUGGAAUAUUUAGCAAUGGACUGUUUUUAUGGCUUAAUUCCCUACUUUGGGUCGGUUUCAGGAAGGCCCUCACACUAAGCGAUCUGAAUCAUUUGCCGCAGAGCUGUAAUGUUGUGAAUGAGGAGUCAGGAUUCACCCAGACAUUCGAAAGACAUAAAGCUCAUCGACACAGCCUCGUGAGGGCAAUCGUUAUAUCCUUCAAGAACAGACUGUUGUGGCCAGUUAUUCCACGACUGUGUGUUCUGACAUUCACCUUACUUCAGCCAGUGUUGAUGCUCAAACUCCUUCAGUGGCUGGAAGACACAUCGACACAAGACCUCGGCUAUGGCAUCUUGGGCGCCUACGGCAUUAUUUAUACCGGUCUAGCGAUUGCCACUGGUGUCUACUGGCGUUUCCAGCUGCAAUUCACCACCCUGCUGCGGGGUACCCUACUCUCUGCCGUCUUUCAGAAGACACUGUUAAUCCGUCCGAUAGACGCGCAUAAGACACCCAUGACUCUCAUCAACACUGAUAUUGAGAUGGCAUGUACGGGACUAGAGCAACUACACGAAGUGUAUUCGAGUCUGUUUCAAGUUGGUAUCGCGACCUGGCUCUUGGAGCGUCAAGUCGGGGUGGCUUCUAUAGCUCCUAUGAUUGUCGCGACUGUUUGCGCGGUGGCUACCUAUAAAAUUUCCAAACACGUUGGGAUAUGCCAGAAGGGAUGGUUAGAGAGUGUUCAAACACGUUUAAACGCCACCACGUCGAUGUUGUCGAAUAUGAAAAUCAUCCAGAUGUCCGGGCUGGGUAUAGAUAUAUUUGAUAGAAUCUUCAAACUUCGAGAUGCCGAGCUGGCGUCUGCCUCAAGCUACCGAAAUUUACUUGUGUGGAUUAUGGGCUUAGCAUAUCUCCCGUCUGCGAUAUCUCCUGUUUUGGCCCUGGCAAUCUAUGCUGCCAUCCAACAUAAUAUUUGGGACUCCUCCAGCGCUGCUAGAAUAUACACCGCCAUAUCGCUGAUAGGUCUUGUCACGUCGCCUCUUACAGCUGUUUUCCAACAGGUACCUGGCGUCAUCGCAGCUUUCAGCUGUCUGAAACGGGUGGAGGAUUACCUGAAACAGCCAGAUAUGAUGAAUCAGGAGAUCAUAGCCAAUUUAGAAUUCGAGACACAACAUAUGGUUUCCUCGCAGAAACAGGCCACUGCCUCGAGUAUUCCCUUAGGGGAUUACCGAAGCCAUGCAAGAUUUCCCUUUGCUUUCGCAUCUCACAAAGCAAGCUUUUCUUACCCGGGCUCUGAAUUUCCUGUUCUCCAGAACCUUACUAUCGAAAUUCCAUGGUCCAAGGUGACGUUGCUAAUAGGGCCGACCGGCAGUGGAAAGUCAGCUUUGAUAAAGGCUAUGCUGGGUGAGCUAGAUGUAUCCCAAGGAACCUUCACCAAGGGCUUUGAAUCUUGCGCUUACUGUGAUCAAACCCCUUGGAUCGAGAACCAACCUAUCCAAACCAAUAUCGCCGGGCCUUCCGAAGCUUGGCAAGAGGGAUGGUAUAAUAAGACUGUUUGGGCUUGUGACCUGGAACAGGACAUUGAGCGUAUGCUAGAGCAGGAUCAUACCGAGGUUGGCAGUGAUGGCGCUACGCUCAGCGGAGGACAGAAGCAGAGAGUUUGUCUGGCAAGAGCCGUGUAUUCCCGGCAAAAGGUUAUUAUACUAGACGAUAGCUUCAGUGCUCUGGAUCCUCGGACCGAGCAGACUGUCAUUCAUCGUCUCCUGGGCCCGGACGGUCUAAUGAGAGGUAGUGAGCAGACUGUAAUUAUUGCCUCAAAUACAGAACGCUUGGUACCCUACGCAGACUUUGUAAUUCUUCUCGAUGCCGAUGGGGAAGUGAAAGCACACGAACCGGCGCGACAACUGUUACAACAGUUUCCGGAGCAUCUGCGUGUUGCCGAUGACAAGAAAUCGGAGCCACAAUUGGAGCAUACCUCGCUAGCAGAGCCUGUCGCACCUAAGCAGCAAUCAAAGCAAUCCAAGAGCAACGACCUCAAAAUGCCGUUGCUGAAGACAUCAGUCUACAGAUCUUAUUUCAAAUCGAUGGGCCUUUGGAAAGGAUUAACUCUGUGUGCACUACUCACUCUUCAGACCUUCUUCUCUAAAUUUCCGACUGUUUGGCUCCAGUGGUGGCUCGAUGUAGAACAUCAAUCGAUGAGACUGCUUUACGCGAGGUACAUCGGGGUAUACACUCUCUUUCAGGUCCUUGGCUUAGCCUUCACGUUUAUUGCUGCCUUCCACCAACUACGUGUCAUCAUGCCUCGUACGAGUCGCUAUUUUCAUACGCGUCUCCUAAAGGCAGUCACAUCUCUGUCUUUUCCGUCUUUCAGCGCAAUGAGCACGGGCUCCAUCACAAACCGUUUCAGCCAGGACUUGCAGUUAAUUGACUGGACACUGCCUGUAACGUUUCUUAACGCCUCGGAGGGUGCACUGGGCACGUUAGCACAAGCUAUAAUUGUUGCAAGUGCUUCUCCAUAUAUCUUCAUCGCGUUCCCAGUCCUAUUCACCACUGUCAUCGCCAUCCAGCGGUUCUAUCUUCGCACCUCACGCCAAAUACGCUCCAUGGAUAUUGAAGCCAAAUCUCCGCUACUCAACUAUUUUCUAGAAACUAUCAAGGGUCUCCAGACGAUUCGUGCAUUUGGUUGGCAAUAUCGGCACCAAGCAACCUACCAAAGCCACCUCAAUGCGUCGCAGCGACCAUACUACCAACGCUUCAUGUUGCAACGCUGGCUGACGUUGGUAUUGGACCUGAUUACGGCGGGAAUGGCGCUUCUGGUUGUGGGCACAGCGAUCGCCUUGCGCACACGCUCUGCGUUAAUCGGCCUGGCCCUUGUUAAUGUGAUCUCGAUGAGCGAGAACCUACAGCUUCUAGUGCUCCAAUGGGCGGCCAUGGAGAUUUCCCUGAGCUCCGUCAGUCGGCUGAAGGCUUUCACCCAUCAGGCUGCCGAAUCGGAGCAUUCUUGCCAGCGAGCCGGCUCUGGGUUGCUCCCCCAGACUCAACCCUUAUGGCCCACACAGGGACGCAUCGAGAUCAAGCAGUUGACUGCCAGGUACACGGCCGAUGGCCCCGCAGCUUUGCAAGACAUUUCGCUCACAAUCCCGCCCGGCACGAAAGUUGGCAUUUGCGGCCGCACGGGGAGCGGGAAGAGCACGCUCCUAGCGACACUAUUCGCCAUGGUAUCUGUCACACAAGGAACCGUGACUAUCGAUGGAUUGGACCUUGCCAGUCUGCAGCCGGAGACCCUCCGCUCUGCGCUAAUUGGCAUCUCGCAGGACAGCUACAUCGUUCCCGGGUUUACUGUGCGCGAGAACCUCGUUCUCGGCUGUCGGCGGCAGCACCAGCAUCCGUGCGACGAGGAUGAUGCCCGGCUCAUUGCUGCUCUACAGACUGUGCAGCUGUGGCACGUGAUAGCUGCGCGCGGAGGCCUGUCCACUGUCCUCGAGGACCCAAACGAGACGUUAUCAGCUGGCCAGAGCCAAUUGUUUGCUUGCGCACGUGCGCUCUUGCGUACAGGCUCCGUGGUCGUCCUAGAUGAGCCGGCAAGUCAUCUCACGAUUGAAACCGCGGAGCUGAUCCGACAAAUGAUUAGGGAGAAUUUUCGAGAACGGACGGUAGUUGCCGUGAUGCACGAUAUUAAAUCUUUGUUGGAUUGGGAUCUCGUUGUAGUGUUGGAGGAGGGUCACAUAGUACAGGUGGGUAGGCCGGAAGAGUUACGAGGGCAAGACGGGGUAUUUCGGGAAAUGCUGGAUACAAUUUGA